UAAAUGACCCUGAGGACCAACCACAGGGCGAGAAGUGAGUCCAGGGGCGGAGCCUGCCCGGGGCUCUGCGAUGGAGAGAGUGACAGAGGCGGAUCCCGCUGCCGAGGAUGUCAGGGACAGGAGAUCUUCUCCAACCUCAGCGCGGCGCAGGACCGGAGAGGAGGAGGAGGAGGAGGAGGCAGCCAGCCGGGGGAGCUCCGAGCAUGUGAGCCGGGUCCAUGGAGGAACAUGAUGGACGGCCGAUGUCAGGAGGAUCGCAGGAUCUGACCACACUAAUCCUACUGGCUGGGUUGUCACCCGGCAUCCAUUCGGCGGCACGGCAAACUGAAAAUAUACAGGGGGAUUCAUAAAGACGUAUACAGUUUCCAGAUGCUGUAAAACAGUAACAGUUGAAGACACGGACCACAACUGAGAGCCGAUAGGUAGAUGUACUCAUAAACUUUUCCCACUACUGAGGGAAGUGUCACAUGACUAGUCAGUCAAAAUGGCAGUGGAAAAGGCGUUUUGGGUUCUUGAAUUGAGCAAAACGGAAUCUGUAAUUGUUGUACAAAUGCAUUUUGGAUCACGAUUCGGAAAAUAACUUCCAACCAGAAAAUCUAUCUACGAUUGACAUAAAAAAUUUGAAACUAUGGGCUUUUUGUGAAAACUUAAAAGUCCUGGAUGACCGCGUGUAUCGGAAGAAGUCGUCGAUAGUGUUUGCACCGCCAUUCAAUGAAGCCCGGUAAAAUCAACGUGGAGGCUGAGUUAUGAAGUGCAGAUUUCACAGCCCACUGCCUGGAGGAUUUUAAGAAAGAAGCUGAAAAUGAUUCCAUACAAAGUGCAGAUGUUGCAAAAUCUCAGUGACCUUGACAAGGCAAAGCGCUUUGAUUUAUGUGCCGAAAUUCAGCACCGUUUUGAAAAUGACGACUUUGCCAUUCACUUCGUUGUCACCGAUGAAGCUACAUUUCACGUAAAUGGUCAGGUAAACAAGCCAAAUGUUCGCUUUUGGGGAACAGAGGAUCCUAUAUUUACAGUGCAACACGUGCAAGAUUCUGUGCUGUGUCCAAAAAGAAAGUGUACAGCCCGUUUUUUUUCACAAGAAAACUGUCUGGGAGGCUCUUUUCUGGAUAUGUUAAGUCUUUGGUUGAUGCCACAGUUGCAGGACGACAGUGACAACUUUAUUCUCCAAUUGGAUGGUGCAUCACCACACUGGUCAGAUGACGUGCGUUUAUUACCUCAAUGAACAUCUUCCUCACUCAUGGAUUGGACAAGCCAUGGACUACAACAUGCCACUGACCCAAUGGCCACCCAGAAGUCCUUACUUAACACCUUGUGACUUUUUCCUGUUGGGUUAAUAAAGGACAAGGAAUUGGCCCCUCCCCUUCCUGUUGAUCUAGCGGAGCUGAAACAGCGUAUUGCAGCCACUGUCACUGCUUUUGAUUCAGAUUUCUUAACUCAUGUUUGGGCGGAAAUGGAUUAUCGGCUCGAUGUGUGACUAAGGGUGCAAGUGUAGAACAUCUGUGACUGUCUCUAAAAAAACAUUCCACUACAAUUCUGUUACAGGAGCUGGAGUGACUUGUGUGGCAGUUUGAGGCCGGCAUGAUUGCCACUGGAGGUCUGUUGAGGAUCUCUGCACGAAAACAAGAUCCUCUCAGACCCCAAAGCCAAGCUCCAAAGAGAAAGCGGAAAGCAAAAAAGAAGCGCAAGAACGAUGUGGUGGUAGUAAAAGGCAAACUUAAACUUUGUUCUGUCUCUGGAUUAAUUGCCCUAUGUGGAAUCUUGGUACUUUUGUUUGGAAUAGCCAUGGCUGUUAUGGGAUAUUGGCCAAAAAGCAGUUCUGUUUAUCAUAGCAGUCUAGGGACAAAUCAAGCCAAACUUUCAUCAGGAGAUAUAAAUUCUAUCAGUGCAAAUUCAAGCCAAUCAUGGAGCCAUCACAACAGUCAAGGAGCUAAUCAGAAUGCCUUCAAAGUAAAGGAUACAAACUUAACAAGAAGCCUUCAGCAAAAAACUUCACCUGGAUCUCUUGCAGGGUUUUUUUCUGGAUACUUGCACUCGGAUAAUCUUAAAGUUUUUGGUCCUCUAAUAAUGGGCAUUGGAAUAUUUCUGUUUAUUUGUGCUAAUGCAGUUCUUCAUGAAAACAGAGACAAGAAAACAAAGAUCAUCAACCUGAGGGAUCUCUACUCUACAGUGAUUGAUGUUCAUGGCAUGAAAUCUAAAGAUGGAAUUCCUUUAAAUGGGUUUGUUAAUUAUGUGCAAUCUCGAAGCAUGGAUGUAAAAGGUGGUGACACAUUUGGUGCGUCAAUGUUGGCCAAGAGCUCCUGGAAUUCUGCUCUUGGUGGACCAAUUUCCUUUUCUCCUCCUAAUCUAAGGGAAGCAAGGACGUCUUCUCCUAAGGUAUAUCGACACCCAACUGAGCAAAUAAACAUGAAUGAGGAGGUAUACAGUAUUUACAGGGAGAGGUCCAACUCUGCAUUACCAUUUGACAGAAUUUCAGGGAGAGAUGAGGAUAUAGAUUCCUUGUCUGAAUCACCUGACCUAGAAUGGGGUAGGAACAGUGCGUGUUCCAUUGUCGGUCAUUCCCUCAGUGCUUUUACACUGCCUAUUGUCAAGUUAGAUAGCUGUCUUUUGGAGAAGAAAGAAGAGCAUGGGGAAGGGAACAAAAGUGCCAAAGAAGUAUCUAAGGGAGAGAUUGAAUUAAGUUUGACCAAUUUUAGCCAUGCAGACUUAAACUGGGAAAUUCCCAAAACUCAUAGAAAAUUACCUUUAAGGCGCCAGAGCACAAGCUGUCUGCCUGACUUCAGGAGACCAAUGUCACCUGGGCCACUGUCAGAAUUGGGUAGCCAGUCAUUAAGUAGCACAGAUUUAGACUGUAGCCUUUUGGUGAGAGGCUCUCCAUUUGGCAAAACAAAACCUGCUGUUCUUAUGGAUUCUCUUACUACAGCACCAUUGAUAAGAAGAGAUUCCCAAAGUUCAGGGUCUGACCAAUCAAGCAAUAAGGGCUACAUUCAUCUUGAGGAGGCAGGAACCUCCUUCGAGUCUAUAGACACCUCAGCCAAUAAAACUCAAGACUGUGAGGAAACAGAGGUUAUAGACGUUGAAAUUCCCUCGGACGAUACCAGCACAGAACAACAUGUAGAACAGAAGCAGUACACUAAUAAAGAUAAACUGUUGAUGCUCUGCAGGUCUCACGCUAAGUCUGAUGACAAUGGUGAUGACGAUGAUAUAGAUAACACAAGUAUUUAAAGCACACUUUGAGAUUUGUCCAUAGUUCUGGAACAUGCUGUAUUACAGGGAACUUGCCAAUAUCCAAAGAUCUGCAGUGUCAACAGUUUUAGUAUGUAUUGGUAACCAUCACCAACACCUGAUUGUAACUGUAUGUAUGACUGAAACCAAACUGUAUUAAUAAACAGUGAACUAGCCCAUCUUUAACUUUCA